AAAAUAGUAUUUCCCACAUUUUUUCUUACUUUUACCUAACAAUCAGAAACAUGUUGCCAUCGGGUCUUCCAUAAAUCCACACAAGAAAGAGAUAUCUUGAUUGCUGCAAGGGGCAGCAAAAAAUAGUAUAAACAUUAAAUGGCCAAGCAUUUUAGACUCAAGAAGCUUUAAGCCACACAGAGAACUCUUUAGAUCCGAACAUCUUCAUUGGUCUUCCCACCCAUUUUUUUUUCCUUUCCCCCUCCAAAUCGAACAUGUUGCUGCGGGGUUGAUACAACAGAAAGUGAUUGCUUCAUUGCUUAUUUUUCCUGUGCACUGAAGCAAAAUAAAGGUAAACUUAAAGUGAACUGAGAUAAAACGUAGAACAACAGCCGAGUCAUACAAACACCAACGGCAACAACAAGCCAGCUGAAUAUUGCUGCUGUGCGUUUACGAUUAAAUGUUUCAUUGACGGCUAGCGAAAAAGUAAAAGUUUAAGUAAGCAUAAAACAAAAUAUAAUAGCAACAACAGCGAAUGGCGCAUUAUGCUGCUAAAGCCGACAACGACGGCGGCAGCAGAAGCAGCAACACCAGCAGCAGCAGCAGCAGCAACAUUAGCAGCAGCAACACCAGCAACGGCAGCAACAUCAGCACUUAAAUGCAGCAACAAGAAAAAUCAGCUGAAAACUGGCAAAUAAAACUCAACGACAGGCAAAAACUAUUAAAUCUCGCUGGAUGCCUGCGGCAAUAGUUAUUGUUAAACAACACAAGCAGCAGCAGGAGCAGCAGCAGCAGCAACAGCAGCAACAGAAGGAGCAGGACCAGCAGCAACAUCGGCAACAGGAGGGGAAACAAAUUUGCAAUAUAAAUUUAUGCGGAUUUUUGCGUCGCAGCGGCGCCGACGACGUCGACGUCAUCGAAUCGCGUAGCCCAGGCCAUGCUGCUGAUGUCGACGUCCCAGCAGCAACAUCAACGGCAGCAACAGCAGCAACAGCAACAGCAGCAGCAACAAGCAGCAGUAGCGUACCAGCAGCAACAUCAGCAGCAGCAACAGCAGCAACAACAAGGGCAGCGGCGACGACGCGAGCAGUUAUUAUAAUAAUGGCGUUAGUUGUUAGCAUAAUACAGCAAAAACAACCAUCGGUACAGCAGCAACAACAAUCGCUACUCUGGCCAUUCUAUAACGGACUUGCUGCGGCGGCAGCCUCCACUGGACAACCGGAUGACUCCAGUGAUGGGCCAACCUUGUCGACAUUCCUGUCAUCAUCAACGUCGCCAGCAGCGGCAUCCUCAUCCUCAUCGCCAUCGCCAUCCCCGUUCCCAUUCCCACUACCAGCCAGUUUUUCAUCGUUUGCGGUGGCGAAAGGGCCGCAAACGGAAGCCACGAAUCACACUUUCAAGAGUUUAGCCUUCCUGGGCGCGUCCUUUGGCUCCGAUCUCUUCGCCCAGAAGGACAUGGAAGGGGAAAGGGAUGGCGAAGGGGAUCGGGAGGGGAAUGGGGAAGCACAGGACGCGGACUCCUCGCAGUCGCUGCCAAUUUUCGACUUUGGCAUGCCGCGCAACAUCACCGGACGCACUGGCCACACGGAGGCCAUAAUUAAAUGCCGCGUGGACAGUCUCCAUGAUAAAUCGGUAUCCUGGAUACGGAAACGUGAUCUGCAUAUCCUGACCGUAGGCACCGCCACCUACACCACGGACAAGCGAUUCCAGGUGACCGAAUCGAAGGAUUCCAGGGAGUGGACCCUCCAUGUGAAAUCCCCGCUGGCAAAGGACAGUGGCAUCUACGAGUGUCAGGUGAACACGGAGCCCAAAAUGUCGAUGGCAUUCCAGCUAAACAUCAUCGAAAUCUCUCCGGAUGCCAAGGCGAUUAUCAGUGGUCCACCCGAUCUGCACUUCAAGGCGGGCAGUGCCAUAAUCCUGAACUGCCUGGUGCAGCAGCCAUCGGUUAAGGACAUAGGACCGAUAUACUGGUACCGCGGUGAGCACAUGAUCACUCCCUUCGACGCCGACGAUGGUCAGCCGGUUGUCCUAGUGAGCCGAAAGGAUCAGCCCCAAAGAAUCCCCGAGGAUGCGUCCCUAAAUGACAUAAUGAACGAGGUGGACCUGCAGAAGGAGUUCGCCACCCGCAUCGCCAUGGAAUCGCAGCUGGGCGAUACCCUCAAGUCCAGGCUUCGCAUCUCGAAUGCCCAGACCACGGACACCGGCAACUACACGUGUCAGCCCACGACGGCCAGCAGCGCCAGUGUCCUGGUCCACGUGAUUAAUGAUGAGAAUCCCGCUGCGAUGCAGAAGAGUGGGGCGUGUCCUUGCGCCCCCGGUCCGCUCCAGCUGUUCCUUCUGCCGGAGUUGCUGUUGUUGCGAGCGGUAUUGGCUGCUGCUGCUGCUGCUGGCAAGUGAAACCGAAAGCUGUCGCCAGUAUUAUGAUCAUCAUCAUCAUCAUCAUCGCCAUGGUCGUCGUUGUUAGCACUCUAAUUGCAGCAGAACGAGAAAAUUAUGUUCCAUGACGUUGGCAUUUUUGCUGUGUGCUGGCUGCCUGUUUUUUCUAGAAUUCUGGAAUGGAAAAUGGGAAAAAGGAAAAUGGAAAAGGCAAACACGAGAGUCGCUUUCCCUUUCAGGCGAAUGUUUGUUAUCCUUUUAAUAUUUACAUUUCAUUGUGCAAAAUGAGACACUGAGCCGGGCAGGGGAAUGCAAAAUGCAGAAUGUAAAAUGCAGAGGAAGGACGAGGGACGAAGGACUCAAACACCAGCAAGGAAGGACGAAGGACGAAGGAUGACACUCUCUGUAAAUACCACAAAGAUGCGGCAAAGCUUACAGAUAUACCUACAUAUACAACAGUGUGUAUUUUAUUUCAUUACUGCGCUCCGCACAAAGGAUCCGCACACACGCAUCGUCUUUAUAAACAUUUCAUGCUGUCUUAACAGAGAGCCAAGUUAACCGAAAAUAAGGAAAAUAUGAUAAGAAAUGGGAGUCCCCCACACACAGUCACCCACAAAAGUACGCACAUUACACCCCUCAGCCCAGUCCUCCUCUCUACCCCCAAAAUUGUAAUAUAUAUAUAAGAGAAAUAACGAAAAAAACAAAAAACGUAAGAACAACUCUCAUCUGAUAAACUAAAAGCAAAAAAAACUUAAUUAUAAACACUAACUUGUAUGGAAUUUAUUUAU